AAAGUGAUAGAAAUGUUAAAACCAGAGCGCCAUUCAGUGGAAUCACCGUGUGACACAAAAAAAGGCAGAUGACGUAGAAAAGAAACCAAGGAAAAGUUAAGCAUUAAUGAGUCAUUCGUUGCCACUCAUUUCUUUGAAGCGCGUUUGCAAACUGUCAUCGGAUUUUCACUUCCGAAAUUCUGAGACUAUCUUACGUGUAAGGACAAUUCUCUGUAGAAAUUUUGCCUCCCUCAAACGCAGUAGCAUAUAGACAUUACUAUUAUUUCCCUCUUUCCCAAAUCCAUUCUUUUUGUCGCAGCCGUUAAACUUGCUUUACAGCUCUGACCUUUAUUAUGCCCGCUACUUCCGCAUUCGUACCUUUCUUCACCUGUCGCAGGUACACAACCUGUCACUUGUAAAUUACCUGCGUCAGUUCGCUGAAACUUAAAGAAGGUCCUUAACUUUAUUGUUUUAUUUUAUUUGUCGAGGCUGCCCAGCCUAAUCGGAUAUAUUUAUAAGUCGUUGGCGGAGCAAUGAGCAGUGAGCCUGGGAGCUGCGAGCUGUUAGCCGUGUCCUUGGAGGACGACGAUUCAGAGCCGGGGUUGGAGACCCGUCGCGACAGUUCGGGUAGCCACCUGGCAAAUGGUGGUUCCAGGACAGGAAUUCUCUCUGCCGAGGGCAAAGAUGCACUUUUGGCGAAUGGUGCGCCUAACUCCGGCACCAACCCGGAGGCGGACUCCGGGUUCACGGCGAGUCCCCUGGACUGUGGGGUGGCCGCGACGAGCAGCAGUUCAGAGGGAACGGCCAUGUGCGCGGUCCAUAAAUCAGAGCUCGACUGGUUCUGUAAAUUAGACGGGAAACUCGUCUGUUCGCACUGCGCAAUAGUGGGGUCCUGUCACGGCCACAGGGUCACCCCUGUCGCCCGAAGAGCUACUGAUGUCCGGAACCAGUUGGUGGACGUGUGUGAAAAGAUUCAGCUGCAGGCUUUGCGGAUCGAGAGCUUUGUCAACAAGACCCUCAUAGCCAAGGAGCGUGCCCUGCACGGAGAGUCCAGCCGGGUGCGGGAGCGACUGAUGGGACAGAUCAGCCUGGUGAGGGAGGCCCUGGAGGAGGAGGAGCAGAGACUCCUGGAGGAGGUGCAGCGGGAACAGGACCGCAUUCAGCAGGGCCUGCUGACACAGAGGGCCCACUGGACCGAGGCGCUGGCCUCGCUCACAGACGUGCGCGCCGACCUGGUGCACACGCUCACUCACAUGGACGACUCCCAGCUCGCAGUCUCCGGUCAGAAAAUAGCAGAAAGGGUGGAAGAGGCAGAAGGAGUAGGCGAGCCCCGGGACACGGAACAGCUGAAUUUGGACCCAGGCUGCAGCAACAGCCGCCUGCUACAGGCCCUCUGGGCCAGCACCAUACUGUCAGGUCCCUCAGGUCUCACCCUGGAGGGCCUGAAAUUUGACGAGCGCACCAUCAGCCCCCUGCUCUCCCUCUCUGAGGACCAGCGCACCCUGACCUUCCUGCCCAAGCGGGCUCGCCGGUCGCCCCAGUACGACCCGGCGCGCUUCGACGCCUGGCCCAACGCCCUGUGCUCGACCGCCCUCUCCGGGACCCACUGCUGGGUGCUGGAGGUGAGGCAGAGCUUCGCCUUCAAGGUGGGGGUCUGCUACGCCAGCAUGUUGCGCAAGGGCUCGGGCAACGAGUCGCGGCUGGGCUACAACGCCCACUCCUGGGUGCUGUCCUUCUACGACGACGAGUUCUCCUUCUGCCACACCGGGCAGCACCUCCCGCUGCGCAUGCUCACCAAGCCCGAGACGGUCGGGGUGCUGCUGGACUGGCCGGGCCAGACCCUGCUGUUCUACGACCCGGAGUCGCGCGCCGUCUUCCACACCGUCUACCACAAAUUCACCGCCCCGCUCCUGCCGGCCUGCGCCGUGGCGGACCACAGCAUCACACUGCUCCACUGAGCUCCAGGGCCCCCCACCACACUGCUGCACUGAGCUCCAGGGCCCCCACCACACUGCUCCACUGAGCUCCAGGGCCCCCCACCACACUGCUGCACUGAGCUCCAGGGCCCCCCACCGUGCUGCUCCACUGAGCUCCAGGGCCCCCCACCACACUGCUGCACUGAGCUCCAGGGCCCCCCACCGUGCUGCUCCACUGGGCCAUGGGCCCCCACCACACUGCUGAACUGAGCUCCAGGGCCCCCCACCACACUGCUGCACUGAGCUCCAGGGCCCCCCACCGCACUGCUGCACUGAGCUCCAGGGCCCCCACCACACUGCUCCACUGAGCUCCAGGGCCCCCACCACACUGCUCCACUGAGCUCCAGGGCCCCCACCACACUGCUGCACUGAGCUCCAGAGCCCCCCACCACACUGCUCCACUGAGCUCCAGGGCCCCCCACCACACUGCUGCACUGAGCUCCAGGGCCCCCCACCCUCACCACACAGCACACUCAGGCUUCAGACCUUCAUAGUUUCUCCAGCACCCCCCCCCCCCAAAUAAUGCCUACAGGGUCCCCCGGACACAGUCCCUACAGACCUGAGGGCACUACAUGGGCCCCCAGAUAGAGCCCCUACAGACCCCGGGCGCAACAGCUCCUUUGCUGAAUGCCCCACCCAUUCAGAGCUCCAGUUAACUGCAGCUCUGUUUUACUGUGAACCAAAAAACUCCAAAGUGUUUUGCUUUAUUCCUGGUCCUGGAGACCCACAGCCCUGGAAAAUGUAGGGGCCUGGAACACUAAGCCAAUGACUUUAGACAUGGUUUAUUUUCAGACCUAACCAGAGAAACAGGCAACAGUUUACUGUCCAGAUUCCACAUAUUGUUACAAAGGACUCAUUAGCAACCCAGGCCAAUCAAAGAUCAAGAUAUAUCUCUGAGCCAAUCAGAGAUGAAGUUAUCCCUUUUGUAGCCUAUCACAGAUAUCAAGUACAUGUGGGGUGGAAGAGACAUUCCAGCAUCUGUACUGGGAAGUAAAUAGAUGCAAAAUGCACAACUGUGAUGUCAUUAUCAGCACAUCACAUGUCCAUUCUGUGGCAAGCAUGUGUGAUGAGGAAGAGGUAGUAGUAAGAGUGAUGUUUGCGUUACCUGGCGAAGAACCCUGUGUUGUGCAAGAUACAUAUGAACACAAGCGUGGUGUUUGGCCUGAGACACAGUGAUUCGUGUUUGUCUAUAUGUCUUUUGCCUGAUAUUCAAAAAUGAAACAAUAAGAAAUCAGUGCUUCUUUGUAUGAAUGGAAAUUUUGUUCUUUUUGCACAAUCUGGGCACUGUGUGCGUAGACAUCAUAUGUCAGUGCAGUUACUAAAAUACUAUUUUUGAAGUAACAAGUCAGCAGCAUGUGAUGUGUCCACUUAUCCGCUUGGCAUACCAGCUGAUUUAUAGACAAAGCACAAGAAAUCUGACAUCUGGAUCAAGAAAGGAAUUUGGCUAGAAUUAAUGACAAUGACUGCAAUUAUGUAAUUAAGACUCAAGUUUGUUGUUUCAUUAAUAAUGGUACAUAAGGUCACCAGAGGACAUAAUUUGUUUCUAAUGUUACAGUGCAGAGGUGUUACUCCCAGAAUAUUAUUUAUUGUGUAUAUUUGCUACUGUUGCAUGGAUAGUAGCGUUGGUCACUCAGUUAUUCUUUAUAAAGCCUUGGAUCAAAUUUAGACAUUCAGAUCUGCGAUUUUGCAUUGAUGAUAAUGUGAAUGAAUGUAUGUAUUAAUAUAAAAAAUCUUUUUUUCCCAAAUUUAAAUGUGGUAUGCAGUCUAAAAGUUUGCUGAAAUACCACCAGGGGGCACAGUAGGAGUGGUCAUGUUCACUGUUAAAAUGAACCGAUAAUAAUAUUAUGUAUAGAUGGUGGAUUUUUAGUGCGUAUCAAUGAUAGGACAAAGAGAAUGUGUGUAUAUACUUCUAAGAGAUUAACUCAAAGUGUUUUUGUAUGAAUUUAUUUGGGAGAAUGUAAUAUGUAAUCCUGAAUAACAGUUUUUUGCCAUGUGAGCAUAUUUCUUUGUAUGAAGGAAAGCCAGCAGGCUUGAUUUGGACAAUCUACUGCAGGUAAUGGCAUAAAACAGUCAUAUGAACUUUGCUUUUUUUCACCGAGAUUUCUAUAAUAAAUGUCAUCAAAGGACUGUUCAUUUAUUUAUUUCAUUAUGGUUGUUCAAUAAACCCGAAUUACUGUCCAUCUGAAUGGUAAAAUCAAAUUUAGAUUGUGUGCAAUUUAUAUGCGUUUUAGACAAAAGACUAUAAUCUCAUUUAUUUUUGCUGAUUUUCCACUGAAAUAGAUGUUUCAUUAUAAAUGUCUUGACACAUUUUCCAUGAUUUAUUGCAGUGUGGUUGCUGAAUAAAUAUGAUUUCUCAUCCAUCUGAAUGAGGAAAUGGCA